AUGAGUGGAAAGAGAAUGUUGGAUGGGCUUAACCGAGGACAUUGGCACCCUCAGGAAGAUCUGCUUUUGGAGAAAUUUAUAGAAGCAAAUGGAGUGGAGCGUUGGAGUACUCUUCCUGCCAAAGCGGGUUUGAAGAGGUGUGGAAAGAGUUACAGAUUCCGGUGGAUGAAUUACCUCCGCCCCAAUGUAAAGCGAGGUCACAUUUCUGAGGACGAAAAAGAUCUUAUUAUAAGGCUUCACAAACUGCUUGGAAACAGGUUCAAAUCACUUACCCGAGUAGCAAAGUAUCUAUCUACUCAUUGCCAACUAAUCCUAAUGGGAGUUACAAAAAGGGUGGCAGAUUAUAUUGGCUUCUUUGUAAUGGGUCAAAAUUCUGAGGAGUGUAAUAAAGAUUCUCCGGACUGCAUGAUUGUCACGAGGAAAAUAUUUCUGCGCAGGAUACGGAUCUGUCAUUAA